ACAUGAUGGACCCAUACCCGCCCAACUCACACGACCACGGCUUCCCCAACCAUUUUAACAACUACAGCCCCUUCCCYAACCGGACUUCUUAUCAGGGCCAAGGAUACGCCAUGAAUUCCCCGCGUAAUAACCAGCCCCCGGCGGCUGGGGGGCAGCCAGUCAAGCAACAGCCAGCAGGCGGAACUACAGCCAUGGCUGCCUCGUACAAUAAUCAGAGGUAUAACAUGGGAAACACACAGCCCACGUCUACCCCGACAUUAAAUCAGCUCCUAACGUCUCCAAGCUCCACGAGGAGCUACCAGAACUACCCACAAGGAGACUAUAGUAACCAGGAAGGGGCUAGCAAGGGAGCAGCAGAUAUGGCCAGCAGUCAAUAUGGUGGGGGUCAUCCGGGUUGGCAACAAAGGAGCCACCAGCCGCCUAUGAGCCCAGGGAACACGGGACAACCUCUGAACAGAAACCAGCCCCCUAUGGACCAUGUAGGGAAGAUCCGGGGCCAGGGGUACGGUGGAGCCAACCCCUACUCCCAGCAGCAGCAGCCAYGCCAGGGGCAGGGCCCUCCUCCUCCAGGGGCCCAACAGGGUGCCUCCUACCCAGGCCAGGGCUAUGGACCCCCGGGGCCUCAAAGGUAUCCCAUCGGCAUGCAGGGACGCACCCCCACCGGCAUGGCUGGCAUGCAAUACGGACAACAGAUGGCCGGCUUUGGGCAGCAGGGUCCAGGGGGCUACGGUCAGCAGAGCCAGGGCUACUACAGCCCGCACGGUCCCCCACCACACGCUGGCCAGCAGCAGGCCCCCUACCCCCAGCAGCCCCAGACUACCCCUGGAACCCAGGCCCCCUACCCCCAGCAGGGUCAGCCCGGGCCCCAGGGCCAAGGGCCUCCGCAAGGGGGUCCACCCCAGGCCCAGCCACCCUACAACCAGGGACCACCCCAGCCCCCGCAGCAGCCGGGGCCCCAGGGUCAGGGCCAGCCCGGGCCCCAGGGUCAGGGCCAGCCCGGGCCCCAGGGUCAGGGCCCCCAGCCCAGCUACCCUCAGCAGCAAGGACCCCCAGGCCCAGGGCAGGGGCAGCAGCCUCCACAGCAGCAACCCCCCUCGCAGCAACAAGGACCCCCGCAGCAGCAGCAAGGACCCCCGCAGCAGCAGCAAGAUAGGGCGGCCCCUCCACAGGCCCAGCCACCCCCAGGCCAUCAACAACCCCCAGUCCACCAGCCACCCCCCGGCCACCAAUCCUCCCCGGGCUCCCAGGGCCACCACCCAUCUCCAGGUCACGGUGGACCACCACAGCAGCAGGGUCAGUCUCAGCAGGGCCAGCUCUCACCCUACUCCCAGACCCCACCCCUGCAGCAGCAGCAGCAGUCGCCCUUCCAGCGGUUUCCACCUCCGCCACAGGAGCUCUCCCAGGACUCGUUCAGCUCCCAGUCCAGUGCUCCCCCCUCCAACCAGCCUAUGACUUCCAACAAGAGUGGCGCAGAGGACAGCAUGCAGGGACGGCCUUCUAGUUUACCAGUAAGCACUCCCAACACACACUACCUGUCUGUCACUCAACACACACGUACAUACACACAAUCUCCCACACUACAACAACCUCUACCUCCUUAGUUGUCCACUCAGCAGUCAUYUUUUCCCAGCACCAGAUUUUAGCAUGUUCACCUCCUCUGGCCCAGUCCCCUCUGUUGGACUGCUGGCUGUGUUGACCUUGACUAUUCACAUGGUAAUUGGCUGGAACACACACGUCAGUGUUUAUUGAAGGUGAGUCUUGAGCGUGGGGAAAAUCACCUCACUCUCUCCUGGGUUGACAGCUAUUCUGACGUGAGUGUUCUCUUCACACUCCACAGGGAGUAGGAGUGAAUGAGGUGAGAAAAGGGUUGGUUGGUGGAGCUGUGGGAGGACAGAGGAUAGAUGGGUCUUAAAGGCCACAUCGACUGAACCGCAAUGAACCUGUCUCGAUAAGCAGGUGAAACAUAUUCAUUAGGUAAAUAAAAGGUACUUAAACCAACAACAAAAAAUGAUUCUCCUUUUCACUUUGAAAUGGACCUUUUUAUUUCGCCCCUAUUUAAUUAGCAAAUGCUUAGUUAAUCUAUUCCCAGAUUGGAAAUUAUAAGCUAAAUGAUUAUGAAACUGAAUGGUUUUGAACUUUGACUACGUACUCUCUGUGUGUGGAAGAGCGUGACAGUUCAGUAGGAGUCAGUAUCUGUGCUUGUUUCUAGGUUUAGACAGAGAACAAGUCUGCAGGGAAAAAUUAGAUCAUUAA